AUGGUUGCUCUACCCCCCGGUGUUGCAAAGUCCUUGGAGGAAACAAAAGUCGACUACAAGCGCGUUGGAAACAGCGGCCUCCGGGUGUCGGUUCCCAUCGUGGGAUGCAUGAGCAUUGGAAAUCCAGAAUGGGCAGAUUGGGUCAUUGGGCCGGAAAAGGCGCUCCCACUCCUCAAGGCUGCGUACGAUCGCGGAGUUAACACAUGGGAUACAGCCAACAUAUAUUCCAACGGAGACUCCGAGAGGGUGAUUGCGCAGGCAAUCAAGGAAUACAACAUCCCACGCCACAAAUUGGUUCUCAUGACCAAAGCGUUCAGCUGCGUCGGCGAGCAGCAGUUUCAUGCAUACCCUAUCCUGGAUGAUCUACGACGGAGCAAGGACUAUGUCAAUCAGUUUGGCCUCUCGCGGAUAUCGCUAUACAAGGAGGUGGAGAACGCGCUCCAGCGACUGGAAACGGACUACAUCGACCUCUUCUGGAUUCAUCGUUUUGAUCCCCACACGCCGAUAGAAGAGACCAUGCGCGCUCUGCAUGACCUGGUGACCGCUGGCAAGAUACGCUAUAUCGGCGCGUCCUCAAUGUGGACAUACGAGUUUGCCAUGAUGCAGUUCUACGCAGAAAAGAACGGAUGGACAAAGUUUGUUGCCAUGCAGAAUCGAUACAAUAUGCUGUACCGCGAAGAAGAACGCGAGAUGAUCAAGUUCUGCAACGCCACGGGCGUGGCUGUUAUCCCGUGGGGACCUCUGGCAGAAGGACAGCUUGCCCGUCCCUUAACGGCACGCAGGACUACGGCGCGCUCUGCUGGCGGUGGCGAGACUCCUUCGUGCCUCCGGCCUGAAGCGACGGAAAUCGUCAACCGGGUUGAGGAGCUGGCGAAGCAGAAAGGGUGGACCAUGUCGCAAGUUACUCUGGCAUGGACGCAGAAGCGCGUGACUAGCCCGAUCAUUGGCUUCAGCAGCACCCAGAGGCUUGACGAAGCGUUGUCAGCGCGCGGGAAAGAGCUGACGCUGGAAGAGGAGAAAUACCUUGAGGAAUCGUAUAGACCGGUCGAGGUUGAAGGCCAUUUCUAA